AUGGAACUCCAGGUGUCCGUGUUGCUGGUGGCCUGGUUUGGUGGCCUGGGCUGUGUGCAGGCUGAAUUCUUCACCUCUAUCGGGCACAUGACAGACCUGAUCUACGCAGAAAAGGACCUGGUCCAGUCUCUGAAGGAGUACAUCCUGGUGGAGGAAGCCAAGCUCUCCAAGAUUAAGAGCUGGGCCAGCAAAAUGGAAGCCCUGACCAGCAAGUCGGCUGCUGACCCCGAGGGCUACCUGGCCCACCCUGUGAAUGCCUACAAACUGGUGAAGAGGCUGAACACAGAGUGGUCCACACUGGAGGACCUUGUCCUGCAGGACUCCGCGGCAGGUUUUAUUGCCAACCUCUCUGUGCAGCGGCAGUUCUUCCCCACUGACGAGGACGAAACGGGCGCCGCCAAGGCCCUGAUGAGGCUUCAGGACACGUACAAGCUGGACCCGGACACGAUUUCCAAAGGGGAGCUCCCAGGAACCAAGUACCAGGCGGUGAUGAGUGCGGACGACUGCUUUGGGAUGGGCCGCUCCGCCUACAACGAGGGGGACUAUUACCACACGGUGCUGUGGAUGGAGCAGGUGCUGAAGCAGCUGGACGCUGGGGAGGAGGCCGUCGCCACCAAGGCCCAGGUGCUGGACUACCUGAGCUACGCCGUCUUCCAGCUGGGCGACCUGCGCCGCGCCCUGGAGCUCACCCGCCGCCUGCUCUCCCUGGACCCGAGCCAUGACCGAGCUGGAGGGAAUCUGCGUUACUUUGAACAGCUGCUGGAGGAAGAAAGAGGAAAGACGGCAUCAAAUCAGACAGAAGCUGGACAGGCGCCCCGGGACGGCGUCUACGAGAGGCCUGCGGACUACCUGCCCGAGAGGGACGUCUACGAGAGCCUCUGCCGUGGGGAGGGUGUCAAACUGACACCCAAGAGGCAGAAGAGGCUUUUCUGUAGGUACCACAAUGGCAACAGGACGCCCCAGCUGCUCAUCGCCCCCUUCAAAGAGGAGGACGAGUGGGACAGCCCGCACAUCGUCCGGUACUACGACGUCAUGUCUGACGAGGAAAUCCAGAGGAUCAAGGACAUCGCAAAGCCCAAACUUGCACGAGCCACUGUUCGUGACCCCAAGACCGGCGUCCUCACUGUGGCCAGCUACAGGGUUUCCAAAAGCUCCUGGCUGGAGGAGGACGAUGAUCCCGUUGUGGCUCGAGUGAACCGCCGGAUGGAGCACAUCACAGGGCUAACAGUAAAGACUGCAGAGUUGUUGCAGGUUGCUAAUUACGGAAUGGGAGGACAGUACGAGCCACACUUUGACUUUUCUAGGAACGAUGAGCAAGAUGUUUUCAAGCAUUUAGGGACGGGGAACCGUGUGGCCACAUUCUUAAACUACAUGAGUGACGUAGAAGCUGGUGGUGCCACCGUCUUCCCUGAUCUGGGGGCUGCCAUUUGGCCUAAGAAGGGCACAGCAGUAUUCUGGUACAACCUCUUGCGGAGCGGGGAAGGUGACUAUCGAACGAGACACGCUGCCUGCCCCGUGCUUGUGGGCUGCAAGUGGGUUUCCAACAAGUGGUUCCACGAACGAGGACAGGAGUUCCUGAGGCCAUGUGGGUCAACAGAAGUUGACUGA